GGAGAGCAGAAAAAAACGGCUCUCAGCAAGCACAAGAAGGAAGAGCAAUGGCGACACUGUAUCGCCAAAUACCAAGUCCGGAUACCUUCCUUUGCGAGCCUUGGUCUUCCUUCGUCAGUGCGGCUAAAUUACGUUUUGUUGACAACGCAGACUCGUCAUUGGAUAACAGCGAGAAAGAGCUUUACUGCCUUGGUGAAGCCGUGAACCUGAGCAGAGAAGAGAUGCUUGUCUACAGCCAGUUCCCAGCACUGGAGGAUUUUUCUCUUGUUGUCUGCCAUGUCUGCAGUAAGGUGGUCACUCCUCAGGGCAUUCUCGCACACUAUGAGAAGCAACACAGCUCCCCAGUCCCCUCCAGGAGUCCUUUGGUUCCAAUGAAGCCCAAAGCACCCCCAGUGGCCCCUGCUGUGGCUCCCAGCCCUGGGGACACGCUGGCAUUCAGGAUACCUAAAGAUUACCCCCACUCCCGCUUCAGCAAGGCACCACUUGCUGUGUACCCACCUAAGGGGGCGCGGAACAAGACAUGCGUGUCACUGCCAGUUGUAAGCUUAGAGAAGAUGCCCUGCCUCAGCCGAGCUGACUCAGCAUCGCACGUUCGCCUCACCUCUUCCUCUUCCUCCCCUUCUCCUCAUAAGCCUUCGUCCCUCACCACCCAGGCCUCCCAACGUUCGAGCGAAAAGCUCACAAAUGGUCGCGGCAGCAGCGGCCCAUCUACACCGCGAUCCACCACGCCUCCAUCCUCUCUAGAUAAGCGGCCCAGUCCAGCACGCUCCCCACUGGACAGAAAGGCGGCGUCGACACCGUCUCCCUCCCCACUGGAUCGGAAAUCCUCCCUGUCGCCCUCACCUUCUCACCGAGCUGUUGCUCUGCCAGCUUUGCCGUCAGUGUCGCAGUUGGAGAAGAAGCAACAGAAUGGGACUAAGACUCCCUCCAGGUGUCACAAAAGACUUUCAGGGAGAGUGUUUGAUCCUAACAAGCACUGCGGAGUGCAGGACCCCGAGACGAAACGACCCUGCACACGGUCUCUCACCUGCAAGACUCACUCCUUAACCCACCGCCGGGCCGUUCCCGGCCGAAGGAAACAUUUUGAUGUCCUCCUGGCUGAACACAAGGGACGAGCGAAAGAGAAGGAUGGAGUGAAAGAGAAGGAGAAAGACAAGGAUGGAGCACAGGGAGGAAAAGAAGGCUCCAGCCAGGGUAUCACAUCUAAAGAGACCACGUCUCCCAGCAAGUCUCACUGCCCCAAUGGACGAACCCUCUCCACGCUGAAGCUACGGCUGGCAAAUGCACACAUACCUAGGGUUCCAGGAGGCUCUUCCACUUCCACUUCAGGUCUUCUGCUCCCAGCAGCAUCUCCUGUCCAGGCUCCUAACCCAGAACCGGCUCUCCACAGCUGGGUGGCCGCUGCCGGAGAAAGCAGUCGACUUUCCAGUGAUGAGGGGGAUGCAGAGAAUCCAGAGGACGCUGACAGACCUGCCAUUCACUACUCCAAUCAUCACCCACAGCCUUUAGGGGUUUGCGUAUUCAGCAGCAGGCUGAUGGGACGAGGCCACUAUGUGUUUGACAGGCGAUGGGACAGGAUGAGGCUGGCACUCCAAAACAUGGUGGAGAAACACCUCAACGCCCAGAUGUGGAGGAAGGUGCCUCUGGCUGCUGAGAGCCUCCUCUCCCCCUCUGGUACAUCCUCCAUACCUUCACAUCAAGCUCCUUCUCCCACCUCUCGUCUGCUCAACUCCCUUUCCAACUCCCUCUCCUACACCGCCACGUUUCCUCAGUCUGCAUCCACAGCUGGGGUGUUCAACAUCAGAGACUCCCCGCAACCCCACGCCCAGGUGUUCACACAGGGCAAAGCCCGUAACAGCAUGCAUAAAGCGAGUCGUCCAUCCAAAGAUGUGGAGGACCCUGUAGCGGGAACUAAGAAGAGAAAAAACUCUUCCUACUCUUCCUCCUCAUUUUCCUCUUCUUCCUUGUUUCCGACUGUGGAUAAUCACAGAAGGAACGACAGCAGCUUUCAUUCAACAUUACAAGGCUCGGGAGGGACAACUGCCUCCCCGGCCAAGAAAAAGGGACUUGGUGUUGGGGAUAGUGGGCUGUGGGGCAGUUCAGAGGACUGGCUGUCCAGAGCUGAUGGGUCGCAAAGCCACAACUCACAGAACAGUCGUGAACUUGGCACCACCAGUAUACCCUACUCGCCUAACAGGGAACCAACCUCAGCCGCUCAUCAGUCUAUGGCUCCCCCCACGGGACCCUUAGCUUAUGGGGGAGGAGCAGAAGGAAGGAAGAGACGGAGUCCCAGCUCCUACAGAGGGAAGGGCAGCAAGCUGAGCAGACCAAGCGGGUUAGAGAGCCUCUUUGGGAACGGAAACGAUAGCGGGGGGAUACUAGCUUCAGGGCCUGAAUCCCCAAGACAGGCCAAGUUGCAUCACUGACAGAAACCUGUUUCAUGGACAGAAUGUUGGGCAGCUGUUCAGGCCACCACCGUUUGUGACCUUUGACCUCACCCACUCUUCCAGUUACAGCACCAAUCAGACUGCUUCAUCUCAGCGAUGUCACACCUAUUUUAUCCAAAAACAGCUCAGCUCAGCUCACCCGCUGUGACAGCGGCACUGAAGUCUUUGCCCACAGUUGGCUGGCAGUUGCUUCCACUCCCCAUCCCUCAGUACGGAUCAUUUUGAUGGAAAGCUGCUCUGCGUCACUGUGGUUGUGGUCUUUACAGAACAUGAUUUCAAAAACCUUUUCUUCUCCUGAUAAGGGAAUUUGCUUCAAGUUUUUAAGGCACUGUUGAUGAUACCACCACUGUUGACUUCUGCAGGGGGAGAACCAGAGUUUAAUACCAGUCAUCUGAGCGGAAAGACAACUGUGAUUGUUUUGGGGGGAGUUUGAUGGUUAAAGGACCUACUGACACAACUACUGUAGGACUCAGACUUCAGCUAUGCCACCUCAAUGGCUCCAUCACCCCUUUUUCUAUCUUUCUCUUUGAUUUGAGCUUUUCCUCUUGCUUUAAAAAGAGAUGAGCUGGGUUUUAUCCAGCAUUUACUGCUCGUUUAGCCUCUUUCUUUGUGUACCAAACAACUUUGUCCAUUUCUCUACUAACUGUCUCUUGCCCAUAUUCCCUGUUCAUCCCAGCAUGCCUGUGUUCAAAGUGCACUUAACUGCCCUCAGUUCCCUUUGCUUCCUUGUUCGCUGAUUCCAGAGCCAUCUCCAGCAGUGCCACACAAAAACCUGUUCAUACUAGGGAAGAAGAAAGCAUCUGUGUUACCAACAGCGCCACAUCAAUGCAUUGUAUUUCAAUAUAGGAAGAAGUCAGAUUUCAUUGAGUGUUUUUUUUUUUUUCUUUCUUUCUUCGUCCUGGUUUAAACAUUGCAAGAAAAUCCUGGACUUGCAUCCAAAAAUUGAAUAAUUAUUAUUAUUAUUAUUAGGGUGUUGGAUGGUGGGGUUUUUUUGUAUAAUAAUUUAUCAUUCUUAAUUUUUUUUAAAUCUGACCAUUGAGGUUUGAGAGACUUUUUCAGUAAAAAAAAAAAAAAAAAAUUAUGGCAUUUUGAAGAAAUGUUGAAAGUAUUAUUAUAGUUCAUAUUGUUGAAAAUGUGUACAUAUCUGUUCUUAUUUUUGUAUUUAUUCAUAAUUGUCCCCUUUUGCUAAAUAUGAGGUAGAAAGGGGGGGUAUUUUGCCCUCCCAUCUUAGUCGGUGUUUAAUAAUAAUGAUGAUGAUGAGAUCGGCCUGGUUUCUCAAAACCUUCACACUUCUGUUCAUUAGCAGUUAAUAAUCUCACAAACCAAUUUGAGCUAUGGCUGCUGUCUGUGUCCUUUCUAUUUAGUCUCAUUAACGGAUGACAAUAUGUGCUUUUUCAGUUAAAUGUCUAAUAUUAGCUUUAAAUAAUUAUGUAGUCUGACAGAAAUCUUAAUCUCUGAAACUGCAUAACCAUAUCUCACAUGUUGUUUCUUAGUUACAUGCUACAUAUUAUGUGUAUACACUGUAGAUGCAGUACUGUGCAAGUGUUUAAGGCUCUAAAAGUAAAGUGAAGUAGUCUGGUUCUGCUUAGUUCUCAUUUAGAACCUCUCUGGACCUGUCCUGUCUCGAGAUAACAGGCCAGGAGGUCACAAAUAUUUCUUCCUACUAUUGCUAAUGAGUUCUCUCCACCCUGCAUUAUACAUCCGUUGUUUGCUAAAUGACAAAGGUUGAUGGGGGUUUUUUUUGUGUGUUUGUGUGUGAAACCAGGCCAUUAUUUGUAUUUUCAUAUAAAGGGGUCCCACUUUCCUGUUUGCCUGUGGUUCCACCCUUUUUCAUACUUCUUCCAGUGUUCAAAAGUUUAGCUCUAUAUUUUUAAACUAUAUCUUCCAAGGCCUGUUGGCCUCAUCUCAGUGCGAUUAUGCUUGGUUGUUGUGUUAUGUCGUGUCAGAACUGGGUCAAAAUGUAUCCGCUUGCUUCACAGCUGCCCAGCUCAAGCUAGGUACCAUUUCUUCUCUGGUAGCUUGGUAGUCAUUCCUUUGAGCCUUUGGUGUCUUUUAUCAGGUGUACAAAAGCAGCGCUGUUUAAAAAGAAACACCUGAGUUUGAAGGGAAGUUAUAAUGCAAGGCACUAAUAAUGUGUAUUUGUUUUUUGUAGCACUGUGCUGCCACAAGUUAAUGUUCAGUGAUUCAGAAUUUAACUGAGGAUACCAAAAUGUUGAUCAGGAAAAUGUUAUGAUUCUAAAAUGUGAAGUGAUUUUUUUUUUUUUUUUUAUUGUUUCAAAGGGGAUCUCUUAUGCUCACUUCUAUUAAUAAUUCACAGUUCAAAACAAUCUUUAUUUACCUUAUACUGGGCCUUGGAAACUGGGAGUUUUAUCUUCUUCCUGAGCCAGUUUUCAUCUAUUUAGUGGCCCCUCCCAACCACAUGGGUAGAAAAAAACUGUCUAAAAUGGAGCAUUUAGAUCAGUGUAAGGCCCAGGUUUUUGGCUCACAAGGAUUACUUGUACAUACUGAACUUUGACAGCUAAUAAAGAAAAGCAUAACAGGUCCAUUUUGAAGUGCUGUAGGUGUCAUAAUGGGUCAGAAAACAAAUGGCAUAAACCUUUAAAAUGUCAGAAGUACCCCUCUUCACCCAUGUGCUGUUGCUGGCAGAACUAAUGUAACUGAAAGCAGUUCAGUUUACUGUACAGCAGUGUGAAUCUCUUAGAAAUGCACUCACCUGGUACUUGCCAACUGCUUCAGCAGAAACUAACUUCUGGGACUCAUUUGCUGUUUUGUUUAAGCACUAAUGAGGAAUUGUACAUAAUCAGUUGUAUUUGUGUUAAGUUUUUCCAAGUACUCAAAGUGCUUCCCAUGAUUGUCGAUCAGUGUGUGAGAUCAUCUAAGUUUAGAUCCGUUUAGUACAACCUGCAUGGUAGUCUUUGUUUUGCUGUAGAUACACAUGGUUUAAACUGGGUACUCGUUUGACUGUGUACAGUUAACUGGCUAACAUGCCUGUGAAUACAAGAUUACAAUUGUUUCACAAUUUUCUUUGCUGUGCUCACUUUUGAUAAGAGAUCAACCCAUACACUACUAAAGCGAUGGUUGAUUUUGGAUUACUGGCUACAAAUCCUGGUAUCAUUGGAGAGAUUUAGAUUUUUCUCACCCAGUACCUUCUCACAUGUAUCUACUGAUCAAAGAUCACGUGUUUGUUGGGAAAAGCAACCCACCCUGAGUUACUGUUUGAAGAAAUAGAAAUGGGAAGUUACAGUCUGUUGCAGCUAAAAUUAAGACUAGGCUUGUGGAUGCUGAUUUCAGAGCAGUUGUAUAUUGUCUUUGGUGUUAACAUUUUUUUUUUUUUUUUUUAAACCCUCCCUGUUUCUUUACUUCUUUUUUUGCACUUUGUCAUUUUGCCCAGAUCUUUAAUUACCUUCUAUUUAUAUAAAUAUUUUAGAUAUAAAGAUUUUUUUUUUUUAAAUAUUUGUCAUAGUGUUUCUGGCAACUACAUUAAAAGAAGAUGAAGAGUAUAUUGUUGGUCAGUUGGCCCCUAAACCAGCACACUGUUGUUAUUAUCCGAUCCAAACUGUGGUGAAUGUUGAAUGUCUGAAAAAUGCCUUGUUAAGAUUUGGGGGUUUUAUUCAGUCUUACUGCAGUUGGUUUAGAAAAUAGAUUUUCCACCAAUACAACUUAACACAUGCUGUAAAAAUGGUCUUAUAUCCAAGCUUUUAUUAAAUGAUUGAAAGUGG